AUGAUUAAUAAUCUUCGGAUGAGAACUGAACAAUUUCAACGUGAGAACGAACGUUUACGAAACUUGGUGGAAGCAAGCUCGUUAGUGGAUUCGCUGGAAAAGAGAACUUCGUUACGUAGUUUUGAGUCACAUAAGCUUCAGGAGCUAGAAUCGGCGUACUCGCGACUGAAACUAGAACUCGAAAGUUUAGUGGCCGAAAAAGCGGACGCAGGUCUUGAAAACAUGAAUAUAAAAAUGCUUUUUGACCGACUUAUUGAAGACAAUGACAGGCGUCGAGAGGAAUCAGCUGAAUUACGGGCAAUGCUUUCUACAAGAUUCGAGAGACAAUCAUUACUUGCUGGUGGUUCACCCCGCCCAGAUUCUGGUCAUUGGUCCGCUGGACAUUCCGAGGACGGUAGCUCUGAUCUAGAUGAGGAACUGUGUUUAGAAAGGCAGUGCAGGCAACUAAAAGCACUCGCAGAGUAA